GAGCCCAUGGAGGCGGCUCGGGACGCCCCCCUGGGGAACGGCGGGGGCGAGGCGCUGCUGGGUGAGCUGGAGGCGCUGGUCCGGGACGUGGAGAGGGCGAGCUCGUGGUGGGAGCGCCACGGCGUGGACUGCGCCAUCCUCGCGCUCAGCCUUCUUGCCUUGCCGGCCGGGUUCUUAUGCCUGCGCUCUGAGAAUGUCCUGGCCCUGGGGCUGGGCAUUACUAUCCUGGGGAUGAGCCACUACACACUCACUGUCAAGGGCAGCCACCUGGCCACGCACGGGGCGCUCACAGAGUCCAAAGGCUGGAGCAAGAUCUGGGAGCUGUUCUUUGUGGAGGUCUGCUCGGCCUUCAGCGCAGAGUAUGCCAAGUACGGACACGUCAAGAUGCACCACGGUUACACCAACGUGCUGGGCCUGGGGGACUCGAGUACGUGGCGGCUGCCUUGCCUCAACCGCUUUGUGUACAUGUUCCUUGCUCCUCUCUUGAUCCCCGUCAUAACCCCGCUGGUGGCAGUUGAGCGGCUGAGGAAGGUGGAGCUCAGGUCCGCUGUGUGCACGCUGGGCCUGAUUUCCCUGGGCCUCUACGCUCACUACUGGCUGCUUCGGAACAUGUCUGGCUUCAGGAGCCCCGGCUCGGCCCUGCUGUGCAUGCUCGUCACCAGAUCACUGCUGGCCCACCCUUACCUUCACGUCAACAUCUUCCAGCACAUCGGGCUGCCCAUGUUUUCCCGGGACAAGAAGCCCCGGCGGAUUCACAUGAUGAGCCUGGGCGUGCUGAACCUGCCCCGGCUGCCGGUGCUGGACUGGGCGUUCGGCCACUCCCUCAUCAGCUGCCACGUGGAGCACCACCUCUUCCCCUGGCUCUCUGACAACAUGUGCCUGAAGGUGAAGCCUGUGGUGUCCGGGUUCCUCCGUGAAAAGCAGCUGCCGUACAACGAGGACUCUUACCUGGCUCGAUUCAGGCUGUUUCUCAAUCGCUACGAGGAGUUCAUGGUGCAGACCCCUCCCAUCACCGAACUGGUGGGGUUGCAGUGAGGGGUGGGCCGCACAGUCACCCUGCACCCUCUCCCUGGCCCAACCCUAGCUCUCUUGCUUCUGCUAGCCUGCCCUCACUCCAGGAGGGCCUGGGCCCUCCCCCAGUGCGGUGGCUGGGUUGCUGGUGGUGGUGGAGUGGGGAGGCACUGGGGCCAGUGAGGCGGAGUGCUCCAGCUGGGAUUUCUGGGGGGUAACCUGCCUUGCUUGCUUUUCUGGGGUUUGAGGGAUAUCCGGGGGAAAGGAGUAAUAGCGGCUGGGCGUUCUGGUCAGUUUGGACCUCAGCCGACCUUAUCUCAGGGCUAAACAGCUGGAUUCCUCUCCUGCUGUGUCUGAGCCUCUGUAGGGUUAAGGGAAGGUGAUGGGCGGGGGUGGGCCCUGUGCAGGGGGAGCUGAGGAGAGAGAAGGGUCAGUCCCUCAGUUAGGGCCUCCCAUGUGCCAGGAGAGCCCGUGAUUGGCUGGCCACUGCUUCUUCCUGCGUCCUUUGAGGCUCUGGCUGCUAAGGAGCCCUCUCCCCGGGAACCACAGGGGGAGGUUACUUUUGGCAGACUUCCUGGGUGUCUCAGCCAGAGAAGCCUCCACAAGCCACAGGCUCGGCAGCUCCCAACACCUGCAACGUCAGGGAAAUCAAAGUGUAUGUGUUUUGUGGGGAGAGCACUGCAGGGGCAAUGAGGGCAUAAAUAAGAGUGUAAAUAGCUUUGAGCUUGACCUUGGCUAGUUCGAGCAAAAGUCUGCUUUGUUCCAUGAUGUUUAGAAGAGGCGGCCCUGAAAGAAGUAUCAACUGCAAAGAGAGAAAUUGCUGGGAGCGUAGCUGAGGCUGGAGGGAGCGAUGGGCUCAGGGCCUGGAGUACAGACAGGCUUAGAGCGGAGAGGAAGGAGGACAGGGUGCAGGUACAAGGGCUUGGAGUCACGAGCAGCGCUUGGCUGUGAACAGGUGCCUGCCGCCUGGGAGGGAGGCAAAGAUCCAGGGCGUCACCGAUGCCAACCAGAGGAGGGAGGCAGCGGGCUAGAGACACCACUGAGAGUCACCAGAAGUGGGCAGCCUGGAGCGAGGGCUGGGGGCCACCCUAAAGAGUGGCUGAAUGACAGGGCACAAGGAUGGGCCCAGCUGGAGACUGAGGGAGGGACAGAGGAGGAGGCCAGGCCUAUGACAGGAGCCCAGAGCAGUUCAUUCAAAGCAGGGUUUCUUGUGUGGGUAGUACUGACAUGGCCGGAUUGUUCUUUGUCCCUGGGCCCCGUCCUGGGCAUCCCAGGAUGUUGAACAGCCGGGGAGCUUCUGCCCACAGGGAUGCCAGGAACACAUGUUGUGACAAUCAAACAUGUCUCCAGACAUUGCCAACUACCUGUCCCCUAGGGGGCGAAAUCAUCUCUGGCUGAGACCACUCGAGUCAUGUUCUGAGCACACAACUGCCUUGUUUCCCAGUGAAGCCUUUGGACGGGGUGGAGGGCAGGCCAGCGCUGCUGAUGGGGCAGCUAAAUGCGGCAGAUGGGAUGGACAGAGGGGUGAGACAGCAGGCCACGCCAUCCUCUAAGCCUGGUCCCAGACGCCAACCCAUCUCUGGUGUGGCUCCGCUGUCCCCCCAGAUCUAUGCCCUACCCCCCUCUUCUUCUCCAGCCUGCCUCCCUCUACAAAAGACCGCAGCUUCUGCCGGGCACCCUUUCCUAUAGCGAGGGACUCUCACUACUUCUGAAACUGCUCCCUCUUUCUGCUUCUUCGGGGCCUGGGGCCACCGUUGGUAACCAAGGGUGCUUCCCCAUUCCCUAGAUCCUGCCCACGCCUCAGUUCAAAGUUCCUUCAUUAAACUCUUUUCAGUCA